UGUCGGCCUGGACGAGCUUCAAGUUUCAAGAGUCCCCUAUCGCUGGUUUUCUUGGUUUUCUUCCCCCCCCCCCCCUUUAUUGGAUCCCUCAAGCUAGAAGAUGAAGCUCGAUCCGAAAGCAAUCCGCUACCUUACAGCCGAGGACUUCCGUGUGCUCGCAGCCGUUGAGCAAGGAAGCAGAAACCAUGAAGUUGUGCCAACUCCCCUGAUCGCACAGAUUGCUGGCCUUCGAGGUGGCAGUGGAGUGCACCGAGCGAUCUCGAACCUGGCUAAGACCAACUUGAUCGCGAAAGUGAAGAAUGCGAAAUAUGAUGGCUAUCGACUCACAUACGGCGGCCUUGAUUAUCUCGCCCUUAAUGCCCACCAAAAACAAAAAUGCAUCUACUCUGUCGGAAACCAAAUCGGAGUCGGAAAAGAAUCGGAUAUCGUCGUCGUCGCAGAUCACCAAGGAACACAGCGCAUCUUGAAAAUCCAUCGGUUGGGCCGUAUAUCAUUCCGAACCGUCAAGACUAACCGAGACUAUCUACGAAACCGAAGCACCGGAUCGUGGAUGUAUAUGUCGCGACUGGCAGCGAUGAAGGAAUUUGCGUUCAUGAAGGCUCUCCGAGAAAACGGGUUCUCCGUGCCCGAGCCAAUUGCGCAAAACAGACAUACCAUCGUCAUGAGCCUGAUUGAUGCCUUCCCGCUCCGUCAGAUCUCGAAAGUGCCCAACCCGGAGCUACUCUACUCGGAGCUGAUGGAUAUCAUUAUGGAACUGGCUCGUUACGGUCUGAUCCACGGAGACUUCAACGAAUUCAAUAUUCUCAUCAAGGAAGAAGAGGAUUCUCGGGCGAAAGGGAAAGGUCGGGAGGGUGAAGACGACGGCGAGAAUAUUAAACUAACUCCGGUCUUGAUCGACUUCCCGCAAAUGGUAUCGAUUGACCACGCCAAUGCAGAAAUGUAUUUCGACCGUGAUGUGAACUGCAUUAAACGCUACUUCCAACGAAAGUUUCACUUUGUGAGUGACGUGCCGGGACCUUUCUUCGCCGACGCAAAGAAACAACUACUCCAAAACGCUGGAAAGCGAUUGGAUGUAGAAGUUGAGGCAUCUGGAUUUUCAAGGAAGAUGGCUCGCGAGUUGGAAGCAUACAUGAAGGAAGUUGGCGUUGAUGGUGACAAGGGGGCUGCGAACGAAGAUGGCGAGGAUAGCGAUGAGGAUGAAGAAGAGGUAUCUGGCUCGGAGGAUGCCGAGGAGGACAAGGCCGAGGACCAGGAGGAACCAGGUGCUGAUUCCAAAGGGCCUAGUCGUGAUGCUCUCGAUGAAAGUGCUCAGAAGCUUGAGAAGCUACAGGUUUCAGGGACCUCAUGAAGGUAUGGGCAGGUUUAAAAAAGGGACAAAAUUACAUGAUCUCAUAAUAUAAUGACUGUCACGAGCAAAAAAUAUAU